AAAAAAAAAAAAAAAGAAAGAAAAUUCGGGGUUGACGUGUUUCUGGAGUUCUCUGGAGAGUCACAGAAAGCUCUUCUUCCGUUCUUCAGCGUUCAUUUAACUCCUCCGCUAGUUUCCAUUGUUGUAACCGGCAGAUCGAGCGCGCAAGAAUUGGUCUGUUGAGAAUUUAGGGUUUGAUCUUUUGGGAAUUUCGUUAUAAGAACAUGGCGGGAGGUGGCUUCUUGCCUAUGAAGCUGAAGAGGAAGGAUCUUGACCAAGUUAACGAUGAUUUCUCCGAUUUCUCUUUGUCUUCUCCUGCUAGAAAGAUUCGCCGCCUGGACGCGGAUUUACCGCCAAUAAUGGAGGAAGAGGAGCACGCUCUUCCAGAAAAGCUGGCUUAUGGAGGUGUAGUAACGGGAACGGAACUGAACUCAGUCCCAGUCAACCACGAGAGAGCCAUUGUUCUCUUCAACCCUGCUAACUCUCCUUUGUACUAUUCGCCUUCUGAUGUUUCUGUUUCUGUUGAUCCAUUAGUCAUUUCCGAAUUCAAGAAUGAAUUUCUUCGAUCUGCCUGUUCCGAUGAGGGAAAAUCAGUAGAUGAUGAUGAAACCUCUAGAUACAAACAGAAAAACAGGAUAAGCAAUGGAUGUUUAGCUGUUGUUCCUUGGGUUCCUUCUCAAUUUCCUUACACGCAAAGCACAGAGAUGUCCCAAACAGAGACUCCAGAGUUGAUGGAGGCGGACGAAGUUGGGGAAGCAACUAUGGACAUAGAAGAAGACAAUAAUGCGACUUUGCCAAUGCAGAAUGCAUAUGAAUUUGGUGGAAUGAGCGGUAAUGAAGGGUUACAAUGGCCACAACAGCAUUGCAUGAUGCCACUUCCUCCUCAAAACACCUCCACUCCGAUCACAUGGUUCCAAUAACAAGUUCUGGGUGGGGCAAAAAAUACUGCCCUUGCUGAUGGGAAAGGCGAGUAGGAUUAGCAACAGAGUUCCAUGGUUUGUUUGGCUUCUGAAUCUCCAAGCCCCACCAAGAAGGAUCCGAAAGGAGAAUGGAAUUAGCUAAGAGUUCCUUAUGUUUUUUUAUUUCUGAAUCUUAAAAGCAAAUGCCAAGGUCAUUGUAAAAAAGUGUAGUUAAAUAUGGGACUCAGCUUGGAAAUUGUCAAUACCAUUUUGGAUGAGUGGGUUGUAUGACUUAUUGCUUCAAUGGUAAGAGUGAUAGUGGGAUUGAAAUGUUAUGGAGUGUGGGCAUUUUCUUUAA